AUGGCGCUCUUUGCAGGAAACUUGCGCCGUUGCGUCCGAGGAUCCGCCCUGGGACGAGUUUCCCCACGAAGCUUUUCUUCCACAGAGAAGCAAUGGAAGGUUUACCUGUCAGGCGAAAUCCAUUCGGACUGGCGAGAAGUGAUUGCCAAGGGUGUCGCCGAAAAGGAUCUGCCAGUAUCCUUGUCCAGCCCCAACACUUCCCAUGAAGACAGCGAUGACUGUGGCGCCAUUAUCUUAGGGAUGCAAGAAGAAAGACCCAACUGGGAUAAAAUUGGAGCCAACAUGAACGCUGUUCGGACCAAGACACUACUCCAAGAUGCCGAUAUUGUGGUGGUGCGCUUCGGGGACAAGUACCGACAGUGGAAUGCUGCUUUUGAUGCUGGUUUCGCCUCGGCUUUGGGCAAACCCAUCAUUACCUUGCAUCCGCCAGCGUAA